GAAUUACCAGAUGUACAAGCUGGGUUCCGCAGAAGACGAGGCACAAGAGAUCAAAUUGCCAAUGUACGAUGGAUAAUAGAGAAAGCCAGAGAAUUCCAGAAAAACAUCUACUUCUGCUUCAUAGACUAUUCUAAAGCCUUUGACUGUGUGGAUCACAACAACAUGCGGAAAGUUCUUAAAGAGAUGGGAGUACCAGAUAAUCUCAUCCGCCUCCUGAAGAAUCUGUAUGUGGACCAAGAAGCCACA